AUGGAUAACACUGCCACUGAUUCGGAAUCUAUGAUCGAGGAUGUAUUUUCGCCUGGUAGUUUAUCCACAACGGAUAGCUUGUCGUCCAUAGACAUGGACGACCUACCCUCGCUCGGUGUUGACGAAGAACGUGGCAUGGACACCGUAGGGACGAUACAGAGGAACGGAAGAGAAUACUAUGGGGAACAAUUAGACCGAUAUCCUUGGCCCACGGACUUAGAAGCGCGGGGUGAUAUGCAUGAAAUUGCGCUUGCCCACUUUGACGGACAUCUCUUCCAUGCUCCGAUUGUUGAAGAACCAGAGAAGGUCCUUGAUAUCGGUACGGGGAUCGGAGCUUGGGCAAUUGACUUUGCGGAUGCAUUUAGACACUCAACGGUCACUGGCAUAGACUGGAUCUAUAUACAGGCCGAUUUAGGCACUCCGAACGUCCAUUUUGUUCUUGACGAUUUCGAGUAUUAUCCUGAGUGGCAUAACGCCUUUCGGAACAUCGAUUACGUACAUAUUGGGCAGAUUGGGCAUCGCGUGCAGAAUUUGGGCAACAUCUUGGAUGGGAUAAAGAGGCAAGUGCAUGAUUUAACUGAAUCAGAAUAUUCGUUGACAAUGUGCCCAGAUGCUCUAAGUCAGGAGCCUGGGUCGAGUUUGGCGAUUGGGUUGUAG